UAUCUGUUCCCUAUUUUGGUCCGUUUCGUGAAAUGUCAAACGCAAAAAUUUUUCGUCUAAUGAAUUAAAUAAUCUCCAAAAUCAUUAAAAAUCUAAAAGUUUUAUUCAAAUAAUAAUCACAUAUAAAUUGUCAAGGUGUCACAAAGAAGAACACGCACUUUUCAAAUAUGGUCUGUAAAAAAUGUAAAAGAUGGUCAAAGGGCUUUCCUCAAAAAUUUGGAUACAAAAGGCACUAUAAACAUCUGCAGCGAAAAUAAAGAUGACGUAGAUGUGUCUGUAGAAGGAACGCGUGUUAUGCAACUGGAAAAGCUUCUUCGAAAUCGGAACAUCGUGUAUGAAGUAACGGAAACCAAUGCCGACGCUAUGGGGAGAUUACGUCUUGCUAGUCCCUCUUCGUCCUCCUAUUCACCCAAAUCACCAAGAAAAAGUGGCAGACGACUAAAUGGUUCUCCUGAUGGCCGUGGUAUUGAUUUUACGGACUACCAUCCCUUGAACAUAAUCUAUAAAUACUUAGUGGACCUUGAAACUCAGUACCCUUCUAUUUGCACUUUGAGUGUUAUCGGUACGUCAGUGGAGGGCAGGGAUAUAAUGUUGCUUAAAGUUUCUAACAGCAAUGCGAGCAAUACAGGAGUUUGGUUGGACGGUACGAUACACGCCCGUGAAUGGAUCAGUGCAUCUGUUGUGUUGUACAUAGGCGAGCAGCUAGCGAAGAAUUUUGACAAUAUGCCAACGAACAUCACUAAUAAAGACUGGUAUUUAGUGCCUGUCGUGAAUCCGGAUGGAUAUGUUUAUACGCACACGAAUGAUCGAAUGUGGAGGAAAAAUAGAUCUCGACUCGGAUCGACCGUGGUUGGAGUGGAUCUUAAUAGAAAUUUUGGGGUAAGAUGGGGUGUAAAUGGUACAGAGUUCUCGUCUGGCGAUCCUAAUCAUAAUAAUUUUAGAGGAUCAAGUGCAUUCUCUGAACCAGAAGCAGGUGCUAUUAAGGAUUUAAUUUUGUAUUCGUCGAUACCGUUUAAGAUAUUUCUGACAUUCCACUCGUACAGUGAAGUUAUUACGUUCCCCUGGUGUUUUACGACUGACCCUUGUCCCGAUUAUGUGUAUUUACUUGAAGGAGCAACUGUCAUGUCGAAGGCUAUUUACGACACAAGCGGCCGUCUUUACAAAGUUGGUAACUUCAGAGAUUUAAUGUACCCAGCUAGUGGCACUAGUAUCGACUGGAGCUACGGUAUCGCGCGGAUACCGUAUUCAUAUUUAGUCGAGUUAAGAAGUAAAGAACAUAAAUUCGCUUUGCCCAAAAAACAGAUAAUCGAAUGCUGUGAAGAAAUAUGGAAUGGUGUAAAAGCUCUCGCUGAACAUGUAGAUAAAAAGAAAUGUUUAAAUUGUGAACCUUUAAGACAUAAAGAAAUACUGUAAAUUGUUAGAAAAAUGUUUAUUAAAAAUAAUUACAUUAUACCGAU